AUGGCAUCCAUGGCCAAUCAUCAAGUAGAUACAAACAGUGGUCUUCCUGUCAUUCCUCUAUCUCCUAUUGCUCAGUCCUACAUUAUUUGCUCAAAUGCGCUGAAUCUGGCUACCGAGAAACUCACUGAAGCUAAAAAGGCAAACCCUCCUGUUCAGGUCGGUGUCCUGAGAGGUCUUUUAGAGACUUCAAAAGUUGAAGCCCAUCGACUCAACUCGCUCACUCGCAAGAUGCAGUCGGUUGAAGCAGCAACUGCUCUGUUUUGGGAUUCUGAUGCGCUGGCUCGUCAAAUUGCGGUGAUCGAUUGUCAGCUCUAUGGGAAUGCGUUCCUGGAUAAGCGCUCGCUUUCACAGUUGGAUCAAGAGCAGACCAAACUCGUCCAUCUUGUCGAUUUUCACCACUAUCUUUCUCACAGCGUUGCUCAUCAACUCAUCUAUUGGGCAGAGCUCGUUAGUAAUUCAGAGCUGGCUGCUGAGGUAGUACCACCUGUGCAUCCCACCAAAGACUCUCUCGUCACUCAUUUUGUGCGUGUGGCUUAUUUACUGCUGCAUGCAUAUCGUGAUUUCUCUGGCUUUGCUGCCAUCAUCAGGGCACUCACAUUUCCCGAAGUGAGAAGACUCAACAAGAAGCUAUGGCACAACUGCAGUUCCAGAACAAAAGACAUGUUUCGUGAGCUGGCCAACAUGGUGUCUCCCAGCAAGAACUAUGCAGCCUAUCAAGUGGCGCUCAGAAGCAAACUGGAAUUGUAUGUGCAGGGACAUGGAAGUAUGAUGAUUGCUGUACCUUGGAUCCAACCUCAUUUGCUGUCAAUCCGCUCUAUUGUCACUGCUUACACGGCAGGCGAUAAUGAAGACCAAAUGUCGUUGGGCGACAUUGUUCUCUCGGCUCCUGGCGCUCGCAAACUGAACAUGGAGCUCUCCAUCUUGGAAUUAUGCCAGCAGAAUAACUGCUCCAGCGACUUUUCAUUGCAAGACAUUCUCUCCACGGGUGGAUUCUAUCAACUCAAGCCCAACAACAAGCGAGCUUCUAUGGCUGCCAGCGCUACCAAGGCAAUUCAUAUAGAGGGAUUGCGGGCUGCUGUGAUUCCUGUAGCCAACCUUAAUCAUUUAGCACCAGGAGAACAACUCACUCACCACUGGCUUGUGUCACGCGUGUAUCUCCGUAAAGAUCAACUCAUAAAUGAAAGUAUUGAAGUGGAGCCCUUGAAGGCGGGAGAAACCAUCACUUGCGAUUCGGAUGAGUUCGAGGAAACGAGAUUUGUUCAGCCGCCUGUCAGUAGAGCUACUUCAAGACGUACAAGCUUUGUGCCACCGGACAAGCAAGAUCAAGAACAAUACAUGGAGCAAGAAUUGGUGGAUAUGUCUGUCAAGACAGUGCCGUCUUCACAAGCUGCUGAAGAUGUUGGUAAUGAGGACGAUGAAGACGAGAAUGAUGACAGCAGUGAUGAAGGCGGACUUGACGCAACCCAUAAAGCAACCGAGAGUAAUGAAACUGCAAACACACCAUUGGUUGAUCCUGUACAAGAAGUAAUUGCAGAGCACGAGGUUACACCACAUUCAGUAACAACAGAGGCAACAGUAGCUCAUGUAACAGGCGAGAAUCCCGCAGCAGCAGCAGUAGCAGCAGUAGCAGCAGCAGCAGUUGUGCCUGAAGAAAGCCAGUCUGCCAAAGUGCAACAAGACGACCUUGUUGAAAUUAUUGUUGGACAAGAGCAAGCAUUCCAGGAGGUGGAUCCAUUGUCGGUCGAGCUCAUGGAUGUUGAGCCUCAACCCGCCGAAUCAAAGGUAGUAGGAUUGCAGUCCAUGGAGCCCGUAGCCGUCGAAUUGAAAGAUGUGGAACCAAAGCAAGUCGAAUUGAAAGAGGUGGAGAAGUCUGUCGACAUUACUGAGGAAGAACAGAAACAGAAUGAGCAAACAGAACCAGUACAUCAGCAAGAGCCAGGGUCAUUGAAGCCUGAUUCAAAUGAGACCAAGGCAACACUAGCUUCUUCAACUGUCUCCUCGUCCAACUCAACUUCUGCCAGCAAACAGAAAUCCAGACUAUCACCCACAGCACCUGAAUUUGUGCCUGGAAGCAGUAACUAUGGUCAACCCAAAAAGACAGAAAGUAUUGCCACCAGCACCACGGAGGAGAAAUGGUGCGGUUAUCCUACCCAAGAAGAAGAUGAAAUUGCAACACUAGCUACUAAUACAGAAUCCGAGAAAUGGGUAGGAUACCCAGUUCCUGCCGAUAAGCAAGCAGUGGCACAACAGCCUGACGAGGAAGAGGAGGAAGAAGAUGAAGUUUGGAAGGGAUAUCCUGGACCUAAUAGCAGCACCGAUAGUCCUCGUCGAGCCUCUUCUCAAUCCGAGACAUCUGAAGAAUGGAAAGGCUACCAAGCAACCAAGAUGGAGGCGACAUGGCAGAGAGAAAGUGCGCUCAAGGUGCAGGAACAUGAAUGGCAAGGCUAUGCUUUAGAGACGUUGGACGAGGAUGAAUUAGAUUCUAGUACCAUGAUGGAUGGCGAAUUUGAAAAGUCGCGGCAGGCUCGUGGACAUAAGCAACACGGCAAGAAGAUGGCCUUUUAA